AUGACCUUUAAUUCGGCCGAGGAGAUGGUUCGACGUGGCUUGUGGGAUAUGAUGAGGGAUGAGACUCGCUGGCGAAUGGAGUUCUUGGAGUCUUCUGUGGUAUCCGUCUUUGCGAGUGUCGCUUCCAAUGCCCCAAAAUAAAUCCAGUGGCUGCGCGUCACCUGUGUUGUAUCCAGAUUCGUGCUGAAGCACUUUAAUCUGGUCGUCUGUCAGCUGUUUGGAUGAGAGGUUGUGGACGGAUGGUUGUUCUGACAUAGCUGCAUCUGCCUGCUGUAGGAUACGCACUUCGUUCAGGAGUUGGACCCUCUUCUUCCCUCGCUCUACGUUCAUCUUUAUCGAGAUCCAGCUCUCCAGGUUUUGCAGUGUUUGAUCUUCCAGGUGUGAUGCACAUGCUGCUUUCUGCCUUUUGAUUUCCCUGCCGUACUUUUGCAGGCGAAUAUGACGUUCGUUAAUGAGGGUUCGUAGUAAGCGUCGGCUGCAGCUGCUGGCGACCUUCCGACCGAAAUCGGUCUUAGCUGGUGGUCUCACAGAAACACUCUUCGGCAUGAUGUCUGACCUCAGGCGGUUGUGUAGAAACACCAAUUGUUCCCGUGUAGCUACCUGUCUACAGGAAAAUAUUUCCCAAUGCCGUGCUCGGCGAAGCGCUUGGCGCCCGGAAUUCUCAUGGAUGUAAGAUAUAUGAAGAAAAAUGAGUCCAUUGGAAAAGUGAACAAACUUUGUUUCGUAAAUUUUUAUGUCUGAUUCCCCAGUUCGUCGUCAGACGUGUAGCGCGUGUGAAAAAACAGUUAAAAUUUAAGCGUGCCCGAAAAGACGACAUUGUUUUGUCAAUGCUGAGGAUGGGUCUGUGCUGUGGGCUGACGUCACGUUUUAAUCGGUUAUCACCUUUUCCAUUUUCUUUCGAGAUUUGUGUAUAUGGCAUCAAGAUCGAUGCGCUGAUUGAUGUAUGAAUCAUCAGAGUGAAUGGCGUCUAGGAAUUCUCGGCUUUUUUAUGUGGAUGGGAGCCGAAAAUGCGUGUUUUAUCCCAAGCAACUUUGUGCCCAGUUUCAAGAGUAUGCAUGACGACUUGGGAACGCUUCCUUACAUUCAAAAUAUGUCUGAACUCGUUGAAAGACACCUGUGGAAGCAUCAAAUACGAGUGACCCACAAACCGACGACGGCGCUACGCAACCAGUUUGUAAACCCUAAGGAUAGGGUUGAUUAUUUGGAUAAAAAAGAAGUGGUCUACUAGAUUGCCUGCGGCACUUGUAAUGCCACAGGUCAAACCGGGAAAUCCGCCCCUACACGCCUACAUGAACACCAGUUGGCAACAGAGAGGCGAGACCACUUAUCCCAUGUCGUCAUGCAUACUCUUGAAACUGGGCACAAAGUUGCUUGGGAUAAAACACGCAUUUUCGGCUCCCAUCCACAUAAAAAAGCCGAGAAUUCCUAGACGCCAUUCACUCUGAUGAUUCAUACAUCAAUCAGCGCAUCGAUCUUGAUGCCAUAUACACAAAUCUCGAAAGAAAAUGGAAAAGGUGAUAACCAAUUAAAACGUGACGUCAGCCCACAGCACAGACCCAUCCUCAGCAUUGACAAAACAAUGUCGUCUUUUUGGGUACGUUUAAAUUUUAACUGUUUUUUCACACUUCCUACACGUCUGACGACGAACUGGGUAACCAGACAUGAAAAUUUACGAAAUAAAGUUUGUCCAUUUUUCCAAAGGAUUCAUUUUUUUCGAAUUAUGUUCUUUAAGUUGACCAGCUUCCAGUACAUAUAUAUGUAUAUAUUGUUUAUAGAAGCGAAGAUUCUAGUCCCCGGACAUAAGUGAAAAGAGGCGAUAUCGGGAAAUCGGCGCAGCCUUCCCGAGAUCGCCUCUUCUGUUCAUGUAUAUAUAUAUAUAUUACCAGCAUUAUUUGAGUAGCACUGUUAGUUGGAGUAUAUAAAUCGAAGGGUAUGCAUCUGAGAUGGCAGGCCAUCGCUUGAGUACGCCUUACACGCAUAAGCCAUAUGGGGAAUUUGCUUUAGACCCUUAUAUAUAGCCAGUCUUUUGAGGACCAAGACGAUGCUAUGCGAAAUCCCGUGGGUCUAUAAUCGCCCAGUAUGUGCUGUUGUCAAAAUUUAACGAAUACUAUUGAGAAACUGAUACAUGCAUAUGUGUGUACUGAGAGAAAGGCGUUCUAGGAAAUACAAACUGAAUUCAAAUUAGUUUUUCCAGGACUAAGCGGACCUAAUUAAAUAGAUUCCCACUACUAAUCCCCCAGAUCGCCGUCAGACCUACGGCCAAUGUGAAGAAAUGCGCAUAGUGUCCAUAACGUUGGUUUUUAGUAAUUCUUAAAAAAGUAACCUAUUUAUAACCCUACCACACGUUCGACGAUGACCUGGGGGACUGAAUUCGAACAAUUACGGAAUAAGCUUUGUUACCUUCCAAAAAACUUAUGCAUAUAGGCCACAAUGCGGCCCCAGUACGUAGAUGACGCACUUAUCAUUAGGACCUGCGAGGUUGACUGUUCUCGUUAGAGCCUGAAUAAAGCAUUCCGACGCGUUCAAUUUACUUGCGAUGAGGCAACGGGCAAUAUCCUACCGUUUCUAGACGUGCGUAUACGGGAACUCAGUGACAGUGGCCUUGCAGCAGGGGUUCAUCGAAAAGACUUCAACGCCGCAACCAUCCCUAAUCAUUAGAGCAAUUAUCUUGAGGUCCAUAAAGGAAGUUGUAUCUGAGCUCUUUUUAACCGGACCUAUCCUUACUGUGGCAAAGAUGAUCCAAUUGGGAAAGGACUGGCUUGUUUGCAUCGGUUUUUCUGACUAAAAGGAUACCCGGUUUGCUUUGUGAAUUAAUGGCUCAGUCACCAGAGCCAGCGACAAAGCUUCGACUUUAACGGAGACAGUGUGCCACGAAAAUCCUACUCCCACCGCUACACACCAAGAAUUUUCGGAGCGGUUACCUAACACCUACAGUGCGUGACCGAUCUCAUGAAAUGUUGGCCAAAAUUCUGAAAUGCGUAUUCGAUCAGGACGGAUUACUUAAGCGCUGUUCUAAUACCGACUGUCUUGUGGCAUAAUCCUAUAAUAUUUCUAACUUAGUAGGAUAUUCGCUUUUGAGUGCACUGUCUUUCAAUCUCCUGUAAAAACUGUAGUCGGUAAAAAAUGACUACUCAAGUAGUAUGCAUUUUUCACACCAAUUUUCGAUGGUCUCGCAAAUUCAAAUAUAUUUUAUAUAAUUCACGAACAAAAUAUGCUUUCCUUCAGUCGUUUGGUAGAGAAUCACGUCAUUUUUAUUUUGUAUACUCGAAGAAGACGUAUAACUAGGUUCAAAAAAGUUUCUAAUUAUGAGAUCGUGCAAUGUCCAUUCAUACGGCAUCGUACCUCCCCGUUUACCACUGCUCCUCGUGAAAUGUACAACAUGGUCCACAUCCGUUGCAAAAUUUUAUGGACUCUAUAUGGUAUCUUUUUACGUGGAACUCAUGCACCUAGCAGACUGAAAGCACUAGGCGAUAAUGCAACGGCUGAUUAGGCGCCAAAUUAUCCGGGAAUUAGAAAACUUUUCUAAAACCUAAUUAUACGCUUUCUUCGAGUAGAAAAAAAUGAAGAUGACGUGAUUCUCUACCAAACGACUGAAAGAAAGCAUAUUUUUGUUCGUGCAUUCUACAAAAUCCAUUUGAAUUUGCGAGAAUAUCGAAAAUCAAUGUGAAAAAUGCAUACUAUUUAAGUAAUCAUUUUUUACCAAGCACAGUUUUUACGGGAGAUUUAAAAGCAAUGCAUUGGAAAGCUAAUAUCCCGCCGAGUCCGAAAUAUUAUAGGAUUAUGCCACAAGACAAUCGGUAUUAGAACCGCGUUUAAUUAAUCCUUCCUGAUCAAAAACGCGUUUCAGAAUUUUGGCCAACAUUUCAUGAGAUCGGUCACGCACUGUAAAUCCGUUUGGCAUCUCCAUCGCUCACAAGCCGACGUCCUCCCUGCACACAGCAUUAUCCCGAUUAAAAGACCCCAUACCUAAGGAGCAGGAAGCAAAUGUCAUGUGCCGCAUUGCAUGUGCGGACAGCUCAUGCGUCUGUGUCGGCCACACAGGCCGACGACUUGGGACCCGCAGGCUGACCAUCCGCCGACGGGAGCCCCUGUUUUUCGUGUUUGAGCACGCUCAUGAGUGCGAUCGCUGCUUUACUUGGGAUAAAAUUGAGGUGUUAACACCAAACAAUCUUAUGUGGUACGAUGACGGGUUGGCGCAACUAGCUUGAAAAUCAGCGAGUAAACCUUUAUUUACUGAUGGGCAUUCUCAUCCGUGGCUGGCCGAAGAGUGCGCAAAAGCGUGCCAAUUGCAUUUCGACGGCAGUAGUUACGCUGACUUCAUUUGUCCCUGAGAAAUUUGUACGUAGGAGUUAAAUCGAUAGACCGAUUGAUAAAUGCCUCAUCUGGUCACAUUGCUCCCAGCAAUUCAUGACCCUUCUGUAUUAGGCGAGUUUUCCCGCACAAACUAGUUUAUAGUCCCCAGUAUGGGCGUGGUCACCUUGGAUAUAUGUUCUCGUUUCUUCACCGCCAAAUAGUGUUCUUGAACACGGGUUAAGACGGAUUUCCCAUUUAGAGCACAGUAUACGACAUAACAAGUGAGGCAUGAGAUUUUGUGGACAACACCUUUUUCUGAUGGGAGCGGACAGGCAAGAUCCAGGAGACAGUUCAGAAGAAGAAUAAAUUGCGAUCGCUAAAGCAAGAAGUUUACCGGCCUGACGCUUCGGGCUCUCACUAGAACCCACCAUCAAAGACUGUUUAAGGUAAAGGUAGUGGAUGCCCAAAGACUGCAGUAUUUACAGUACGUAGCUGCCGUGGGAUCACGCGUGUAUAAUAAUUAACAGCGAUCACCGCUGAUGGUCGUAAUUCAGUAGAUAAUGGCUCGUCAGUCCACAUCCGAGUCGUUAAUGGUCGCAACUUCAAACUUCCGGGCAAAGCUUGACAUUAGUAUCCCGGUCCGAAACCAGAAAAGACAAGCAGAUAAAAUAGCUAGAUGACUUUCGACAUCUUCAGUGACAGUAGACGAGAUGCCAACCCAUGGUCCAAAUGGUAGAACGAUUUGAUGACCUCAUUCCAAACCCCAUUUAUCUUCACGGCCUACGGUGGACAUAUGACGGUUUUUUUUGUUUAGGUUUAUAGACCUACUGUUUAUUUAUUAUUUGUUGCUAGGUGGUUGCUUGCAACAUUUGUGACUGGCGCUCUACGACCUUACGACAUAUAAACUAUUUUGCCCUUCAAUAAGAGUAGACAGGAAAGCUGCAUCACCACCACCACCACCGCCGCCACCACCACCACCACCACCACCACCACCACCACCACCACCACCACCACCACCACCACCACCACCACCACCACCACCACCACCACCAGGACAGAGGGUGUGUAG